AUGGACCCGGGACCGUUCUCAGACCUACCACUCUACCCAUGGGAUCACGAUCAAAGAUAUUGGAAUGAAAGCCGGAUUUCCAGAGAGUGGCGGCAGCCAAAGUUCCGACAUCAUGAGAUCCUAGGGUCCCGUGUUGUUGAAUCCACAGACUCGAAUCCUAGCUGGCGAAACCUGUUGUCGACGAGUAGCGCCGGGUGGAUUACCGACCAUCAGCUCCGCGGUAAGAUUAUAUUUCCCGGCGCUGGUUACGUCUGUAUGGCUGGCGAGGCGAUCAGGCAGAUUUCUGGAUCAACGGACUAUACCAUCAGGCAUUUGCACAUCGCGGAGCCUUUGAUCCUACCGGAAGAGUCAGAUGUUGAAGUCAUUACGAGCCUGAGCAUCAUACCCUUCACGAAUGUUGAGAACUCCAAGAGAUUUAGAUUCACGGUCUCCUCGGCAACGGGCGAAUGCUGGAUCAAUCACUGCACUGGCGAAGUGCAAGGCGGGGCCGAUUACGAUCUCUCGGAUAAAAGGCAGCUGCUCGUCGACAAUGAUUCUGAUCGGUGGAAUCGGACACUUGAAUCAAGUAAAUACUAUUCGAGUCUAAGAGAUAUUGGACACGGGUAUGGGCCUUACUUCCAACUUCUCUCUUCCUUACAAGCUUCCUCUUGCUUUCAAGCAGCAAAGGGCACUAUCCAGAUGGACAAUGAGCUGUACCGGACAAGCUACUAUGCACAGCAUCCACUGAUCAUAGAUCAUUGUCUUCAACUCUCGAUAGUGGCAGCUAUCAAGGGAUUGUGUCAUCGACUUGAUCACUUGGUUGUCCCUGCUUCGGUGAAUCAUAUUUACGUUGCUCCAAGUCAACAUGAAGACGUCAACUAUGACCUGAAGGCGUUCGCCACGGAGGUGAAGAAAAGCGCCGUUUGUCACUCUGUGGCCGGCAGCAAUGGAGGGAUGAAAAUUGCUAUCAGUGGACGCUCGAUGGUGUCAAUAAUAAACGAAAUAAAGCCCAUGGAAAUCCAAGAGCUUCACUGGCACCCGAUUCAUGCGUCUAUGCGCUCCUCAGAAUUGAUAAAUGCCCCGUACAAGCCAAAAGAUAAUGAUAUCCUGAUGGAAGAAAUAGCAGUGCUCUGUACUCUAGAGUCAGCUCGCAUUGCUGAAUCCCAAAGACCUGCCACACAGCAUAUUCAGACAUACAAAGACUGGCUAUCAUCUCAGGCACGCAUUUUCCGAUCACAAGGAUCGAAAUUGGUUCCACAGGCUAGGGUGUGGGCGACUGGGGACUCAUCGAAGUUCCUCGACAUGAUCCAAAAACGUGCUGCACUCGCAGAGCAAAAGCUAGAUCCUUGGCAGUAUCAGCUCAUCCUCCGAGUCUUCGAAAAUUCGCUCACCAUCUUAACUGAGGAUAAAGAUUCCCUGGAUUUUCUGUUCGAAGGCACAAGUCUCCGGGAAUUCUAUCAAGGCUUGCAUACUCUCUGUGAUUGUUCUACGUUCUUGUCAUCACUAGGUCAUGAGCAGCCAGGAUUGAAAGUCUUGGAGGUAGGAGGUGGUACCGGUGGAUUCACGACACACGUCCUUGAGUCUCUCAAAGGAGCCUCGAAGGCUCCUUUGUAUUCGGAAUACAUGUUCACCGACAUAUCGGCCGGUUUCUUUCCCAGCGCUAAGCAGCACCUGCAGUCGUUUGCAGGUAUCGAGUACCAAGUACUCGAUAUUUCUUCUGACCCAACGGCGCAAGGCUUUCCGGAAGAAAAAUAUGAUUUGAUUGUUGCGGCAAAUGUACUGCAUGCCACGCCAUUCCUGUCGGAGACUCUACACAAUGUCCACAAACUGCUCAAGCCAGGAGGAAAACUGCUGUUUCCGGAACUCUUCCCUGAAGGUAUCUACAUAAGCUAUAUCAUGGGGAUUAUUCCCGGGUGGUGGAUUGGUGAUCGGGAUAAUCGUCCCAACCAACCCUUUGUGUCUCCUAGUCGAUGGGACCGAGAGCUCAAGGCCACCGGAUUCACGGGUACCGAUGUCGUUGUCCCGGAUCAGGAGUUCCCAUACCACAAAACAGGCAUCUUGAUAUCCACCAAGAAGCCACAAAGCAAGCCUCCAGAGGAUGUGAACUUGCUUUGUCAUCACGAAAGCAGUCCGGUGGUUCAAAAAGCCAAGAGUGCUUUCAGCAAGGCUGGUCGUCCUGUUCACCUCUGUGUAUAUGGAAGUCACAAAAUGUCCCAAGGAGGCAUUGUCUCUUUGCUCGAGACAGAGGAGCCUUUCUUCAGCGUUAUGACGGAGGGCAAAUGGCGAACGUUCCAAAGGCUUCUCAGUGACGUCGACGAAUGCGGUGUAUUUUGGGUGACUAAAGAGACGCAAAUCCAAUGUCAUGAUCCUGAUUAUGGACUCACUCUCGGAGUCGCGCGCUCAGUGAGAAGCGAGCUGGCGGUCGAGAUGGCAACUUUUGAGGCACAGUCGUUUGACGACGGGUUCGCUGAUGCAAUGCUGAUGGCCUACGACAACUUCCGCGGAAGGCACGGAGAGACAGACAAUCGCGAGUACGAAUAUCUAUAUCGUGACGGUAAAGUCCAUGUCCCACGUUUCCAUUCGGUCGUAGCCGAAAACGAGGUUUCUGCGAAGAGGCUGCAGUCAAUGGAUGCCAGGAUGCUGUCUAUCGGGGUCUCUGGAAGUUUAAGCAGUCUCUUCUGGAAGCCAGUGGCAUGUGAACCACCUCGCGAUGGUCAGGUAGUGGUUGAUAUUCAGUACACAGGGCUCAAUUUCAGGGAUCUCCUGCAGGCGCUGGGGGCAUUCGGUGAGAAUGUGGAAUUUGGCAUCGAAGCGGCUGGAACGGUGAGCCAAGCAUGUCCCAGUUCUGGUUUGGAUGUAGGGCAAAGAGUAGUUGUCAUGGCAGCACAUGGAUUGCUUGCUACACGGGUUGUAGUGGCAUCCCGGAACUGCGUCCCUAUUCCACACAGCAUCAGCUUAGAAGAGGCUGCCGCGCUAUCUUGCGUUUACAGCACGGUCAUCCUUGCAUUGAUGCAUCACGGGAAUCUGAGAAAAGGCCAGACAAUUCUGAUUCACUCUGCCUGUCGUGGCAUUGGACUCGCCGCUAUUUCCCUCAGCAUAAUGCAGGGCGCCGACAUAUAUGCGACUGUAGGCAGCGAAGCUAAAGCCGAGUAUCUUACUGGGCGAUUUGGCAUACCCAGAAAUAAGAUUUUCACUUCUCGUGACUCGUCAUUCCACAGCGGGUUAAUGAGAGCGACCGACGGACAGGGCGUUGAUAUUGUGCUCAACUCGUUGGCAGGGGAGCUUCUUCACGCGUCCUGGGAGUGCGUUGCGAAGUUUGGCAAGAUGAUCGAAAUCGGCAAACGAGAUAUUGUAGGAAAUGGGUCGUUGCGCCUUGCUCCGUUCUUGCAUAAUCGAUCAUUCAUUUGCGUCAGUAUGGACGAAAUCAUGACAGAACAGCCUGAGCUGAACCACCAGCUCAUUAGCGAUGCUUUUCGGUACAUCGAGGAAGGUCUUAUCGAGACGAUUGAGCCUAUUCGAAAGUUUCCCGCCAGUCAGGCUGAAGAAGCCUUCCGUCACAUGCAAGGAGGGAAACACAUCGGCAAGGUUCUUGUGCAGAUGCCGGCGAGUCUCAGCGAUUUACCACAGGCGACGAAAGCAGACCCGCCAAGGUUUUCUCCAGACGCUGCUUAUAUCCUGACUGGUGGGCUCGGGGGUAUUGGGCGUUUCGUGUGCCGAUGGAUGGCAGACAAUGGCGCGCGAGAGCUCGUCUGUCUUUCGAGAACAUCACCUUCAUCAAACGGCGAUUUCGUGUCGGAGAUGGAAGCUCAAGGCUGUCAGCUAACCCUUGUACAAGGGAACGUCGCCAUUGAAGACGAGGUCAGAGUGGCACUCAAAUCCUGCAAAAAACCCCUAAAGGGUGUCCUCCAUAUGGCCAUGGUGCUCAGGGAUCGACCGAUUACAGAAAUGUCCUAUGAUGAGUGGAAUGCUCCACAAGAACCUAAGGUAUCAGGGACCUGGAGUCUUCACCGGGCUCUUCAGGGUAUCGAUCUUGACUCCUUCACGCUUUUCAGCUCUACCUCGGGCAUUUGUGGACAGCUGGGCCAGAUAAGUUACAGUGCAGGGAACACGUUCCUGGAUGCCUUUGUCAGAUACAGACAUUCUAUGGACCUCCCAGCGGCCGUGAUCGAUCUAGGGGUUGUUGGAAACAUAGGACGUCUCGUCGACACCGAGGAUCGCAAACUACUAGAAACCACGUUACGUGGCUUCAAAAUGAUCGGAGAGAAAGAGAUUUUCCGCGCGAUAGAGGUUGCGACGAUGCGCCAGAAGCCAGACAAGGACUCUGAUCGAUAUUCCAGUCACGGCCAAUUCGCAAUAGGGCUUACUCCGCCUACAGAGGAGAAUCCACAUCACAAAAAUAGCCUCCUUCAUGGAGACAUGCGCAUGAACUUAUUGGAGCCUGCAUUGAGGCGUGCACAACUUGUGCGGGACGAAGCCAGCGGAGUCCAGAAGUUGUUUAAUGCCAUGUCCGAAGAUCCAAAGUUUUCGGAGAGCGACGAGGCCUUGACGCUGGUCCAGAACGAGGUCAUUCACCGAUUGAGCUGCUUGUCUGGUUCCAACGAACAAGAGAUUGGGCUACGCCAGCCUUUUGCCCAGUUGGGACUGGAUUCCUUAGUCUUAGUGGAGUUGCGCAUCUGGAUCCAGCGCACAUUCCACAUCGCGGCGACAGUACCGGAAAUUAUGGGCACGGGUCAUGUCGAAGGGUUAACACAGUUGAUGCUGAGUCGACUGAGAGAACGAUGA